AGGAUGCUGCGGUUCCUGCGCCGGACCUUUGGCCGCCGCUCCAUGCAGCGCUACGCGCGCGGCGCGCCGGGGCGCGGGGCCGCCGGGCUGGGGGACGAACGCGACGGGGGGCACCGGGGGUGCCCGGCCGCCGCUGCCGCCGCCCCCUCGGCGCUGCCCGCCGCCCCCGGGGGCAGCGUGUUCCCGGCCGGCGGCGGCCCCCUGCUCACGGGUGGCGCGGCCGUGCACAUCUCCGCCGCCGGAGCUGCCAAGGCCACCCUCUACUGCCGGGUCUUCCUGCUCGACGGGACCGAAGUGAGCGUGGACCUGCCGAAACAUGCCAAGGGUCAGGAUUUGUUUGAUCAGAUCGUGUACCAUUUGGACCUCGUGGAAACAGAUUACUUUGGCCUCCAGUUCCUCGACUCUGCCCAGGUGGCGCACUGGCUGGAUCAUUCCAAACCCAUAAAAAAGCAGAUGAAAAUUGGACCUGCUUACGCUUUGCACUUCCGAGUUAAGUACUAUUCUUCAGAACCAAACAACCUUCGUGAAGAGUUUACAAGGUACCUGUUUGUUUUACAACUCAGGCAUGACAUUCUUUCUGGAAAAUUGAAAUGCCCCUACGAAACAGCCGUGGAACUAGCUGCUCUCUGCCUGCAAGCAGAGCUUGGGGAGUGCGAGCUUCCAGAACACACACCAGAGCUGGUGUCUGAGUUUCGGUUCAUUCCAAAUCAGACUGAGGCAAUGGAAUUUGAUAUCUUCCAGAGGUGGAAAGAGUGCAGGGGAAAGAGCCCUGCUCAGGCGGAACUCUCCUACCUGAACAAAGCGAAGUGGCUGGAAAUGUACGGGGUAGACAUGCACGUGGUCAGGGGAAGAGAUGGCUGUGAAUAUUCUCUUGGACUGACCCCGACAGGCAUAUUAAUCUUUGAAGGAGCUAACAAAAUAGGCUUAUUCUUUUGGCCCAAAAUUACCAAAAUGGAUUUUAAAAAGAGCAAACUGACGCUGGUGGUGGUGGAAGACGAUGACCAGGGCCGCGAGCAGGAGCACACAUUCGUGUUCCGCCUGGACAGCGCCAGGACCUGCAAGCACCUCUGGAAGUGUGCAGUCGAGCAUCACGCCUUCUUCCGGUUGCGGGUGCCAGGAAACAGCAAGUCAACCAGAUCUGACUUCAUCAGGCUGGGCUCCCGCUUCAGGUUCAGCGGCCGAACAGAAUAUCAAGCCACACACGGCGCCAGGUUACGCAGAAGCAGCACCUUCGAGAGGAAGCCCAGUAAACGCUAUCCUUCCCGGAGACAUUCCACAUUUAAAGCCAGUAACCCGGUGAUCGCUGCGCAGCUCUGCUCAAAAGCAAAUCCUGAUGUCCAUAAUUACCAGCCUCAGUACCAUCCCAACCUGCACCCCAGCCAGCCCCGAUGGCACCCACACUCCCCAAAUGUUAGUUUCUCCCAUUUUCUCACUAACCAUGCACUCUGCAAACAACACAGGCCAUCCUUGCACGAUGACAGGUCUCAUUGGAAGGCACCAGCCAGUGGAGACGACAGCCGUUUUGACUAUGUCCACGACCAGAACCAGAAGAACUUGGGAGGGAUGCAGAGCAUGGUGUAUCGAGAUAAGCUCAUGACCGCCCUUUGAGAGACUGGAGCGAGUUGCAUCCAUCCAUUCACCACCACAGUCGCAUUGGCAUUCCAUGAGCGUGUCUGGGCACCGUGUGGGGAUACGCUUGUUCAAGCAGGGUCUUUAAGGAAUAGUUCCAGAAAGUGUGCUCAAUGUCUUUGUAAAUAUUUGAGGAUCACUGUGAUCACUAGUCGUAAUUUACUAUUGACUGCAUUACUCAGUAACAAUGAAGGUAGUUGAAGGCUCAGGAAUCAUUUUGAUAUUCUGAUUUUAAAAUUGGAGUGAGAGUCUGUGUUUGUCAUACUGCUUUGUUCCUGAUACGCUUGUUAUUUAAUUAACGGGACCUACUAAAACCAGAAAAGCUUAGGAAGGUAAUUUGACACACAGGACAGUCGGAGGGAUGGAGAUUGCCAGAGCCUGGUCUCCGUCACUGUGUGAGCUGGGUUGUCGUUUCUCCCUCUGGAAAAGAGUGACCUCAAGGUCCUCUCUGACUCUAAAAAUCUGUAAUCUGUUAGAUUUACUUAUUCUUAGGCUGAUGAGUAUAUUUAAACUAAAUUCCUUAAAAGGAAAACAACAAUAUCCUCCUUUCUAAAAGAGGAUUUCCCUUUCGGGAAGCUAAAGAGAGUAUAUAACUUAUUAGAUGUGAUGUAAAUUCAGGGAGACUGAAUUUCCCAUGUUAAAGCAAUUGAACCAGUUUAAAUGUUAGCCAUUGUACUAGUCAUGAACUGCAUAGCAUCCACCAUCCUAGCUUUGCUGCUCCAGUAUGAGAAUAAUUUUUAGUGUCUUAGUGAUUGGUGCUGCUAACUCCACGCUUUCAGGAGACAUCGUGGCAAAUAAACACUGUUGGAAUUAAGGGCUUGUUAUGUUAUCCUAGAAUUCACUGCUUUUAAAAAAAAAAAGCAACUGGGAUGCACUUAUGGCUCCCAUGAAAGCAGAUAAGGUUUAUUUGAAGUUGUGCCAAAGCAUUCUGUAGAGUAUUGUAGAAUGGGCAUUGCCCCAGUCUUUGUGCAGAAAGAGGAAUCAAGAUGCUGUCUUUUAGAGUAAAACUUGUACCAAAAUAUUUAUUUUCCUCAUUUCAAAUCAGGAGCUAAGCAUUUUUUUUCUCUCAAUAGACAAGUCUGUUUAUUCUUUCAUCAGUUGUGUCUGUAGGAGCACUUCAUUCUUGUGCCACUUCUGUAGAUGUCAUCGAAGGUUGGCCCAUUUUAUGUCCUUUACAAUGAUGUAAUGACAUCAUCUGAAAUAUUUUAUUGCUAAAACCAGAUCUUUUCAGUCACCACCGAAGUCUGUUCAGGAGAGAAUCAGCCUUGUACUUUGCACAAUGGAGCUGGCCGCCCAUCUUCCCACACCCAGUGUUUGUUUACAGGUGUAUUCCAUUGUAGCCAAUGUUUUCCUCCUCCUCCGUGUACAUGCUGCAUACAAAUGAACAUGUUCUGAAUCUUUUCAUCUUGCUGAUAACGUUUUUACAAAUGUGUCUCCAAGGAAUAAAGAUUAUUCUUGCCUUUUU